GCACCAUCAGUUCCCUUGUUUAAUCGGCUGAAAUGGUUGCCUUUUUAUAAAGAGGCUUUAGUAUCUAAAUGUAUCGUUGCUUAUAAGCGAUUACAAGGUGACGUCCCAGUUUAUCUAAACGAUCUACUUAAAUUAAACAGUAACAUCCACAGUAGACAAACCAGGUACUGUAAUUUUAACCUAACCUCUCCGAGGUAUAAUGGCGAAACAGAAGGAGGCAGAACUUUUACCGUAACAACUUGCAAAGCAUGGAACAGCUUAUCUUUGCCUGCAAGGCAAAGGGACUCAGUUGACUCUUUUAAAAAAGCAUUG